UGAAAUAUGGACAAGAAUCCAAAUCUAUUUGAUACCGGAGAGCAGGGUCCCAAGAUUGCCACGCAGACACCAAAGCCACCGGCGUGCUUUGAAAGCUGUGAUUGCUAAAGUCGACGCAUCGGCGGAUGCAUGGGAAGGAAGACGGCGAAAUCCGGUACCGGUCAACAAUGCUGGUGAAGCAGACUCCGGCUGUGAAUCUCUCUUCUAUAUCUUCAACACAUUACAAUCUCCAAAGCCGGAAGCAACACAUGUCUCUGACCCUUGGUCUAAAAUUGCAAUCGCUAAUCUUAUUUAUUCUGGCGGUAAUCAGGAUGAUGCUGGUGAUGGCAGCUCCGGAAUUGAUGGCCUGAGGACAAGGCUCUACCCGUACCAACGGCGAUCUGCUGCUCUGAUGAUCCAAAAAGAGGCAGAGCCAUCACUAUCGCUUGACCCUCGUCUUCAAGCUCUCCAGAGUCCGAUAGGAAGAACAUAUUACUACGAUGGAGAGCAAGGGGUUGUGUUUGAUGAGCCAAGGUUCUAUUCCAAUGUUCCAGGAGGUAUAAACCCUACUCAAACACACCCGGACCUAUUAAUUGAAGGCUAACAAGUGUGUAGGCAUCUUAGCAGAGACUAUGGGGUACGGGAAGACGUUAAUAUGCCUAGCUGUUAUCCUAGCAACAAGGGGCCACAUGCCUUCUAUUCCAUCUGAAUUCAUUACUUCAACGCCAAUUAGAAGCGAAACUGGAUCGCUCAUGACUAUGGCUGCGGCAGCAGUCGGUACUAAGUCCCUUCCCUGGGAAACACAUUUUAGAAACCUUGGUUCUAAUGGCAUGUACUUCGGCAAAUGUAUUGAUAUGUGCAACAAACACCGUGGAACAUAUACCAUCAAUUUGGCCUCAAAGUACGGCAACCGCAGCGGCUCGUAUCUGAGAGAUAGCUCAGUCACAGUACAGCUCACAUCGGGAACUUUAAUAAUUGUCCCACCCAACUUGGUCGAUCACUGGCUAAACGAAAUAGCUAUACAUACUGAAGGAUUGAAUGUCCUGGUGCUAAGAGACAGCAGUGCUAAAACCCCACCAGCAUCUGACCUUUUGAAGUAUGACAUCGUGUUGUUUUCACAACCCCGAUUCAAGAAGGAAUCUGGGGUGUAUACAGGGUCAGGUCCCACAUAUAUCUCACCGCUGAGAUAUCUUCAUUGGCUCCGAAUUAUUGUCGAUGAAGGCCACAAUUUUGCUAGCAGUGGAGGAAAAACUAAUUCGGUCUAUAUGUUAGACAAACUACAAGUUGAACGUCGAUGGAUUGUUUCAGGGAUACCAUCGAAAGGACUGUAUGGCGUUGAAGUCACCCUUGCUGCCGAGCAAAGCCUUAAUUCGACAUCGGAGGAGGAGAAAAUUGGAGGGAUAUUGAAAGCUCGUAGGCAUGCCGGAAACAUACUAAACGACGAAGUGAAGAGAUUGGACAGCCUGCGAUCGAUGGUCAUCGAUUUUCUCAACCUCAAGCCCUGGGCGAAUACUCGAGCAGCAGAUUCAGCUAGCUGGACGAUUUACAUGACUCCAAUUGGUCCCGACGGAAGGCGAGCGAUGUCCCCGUCUCUUCGAGCCACCCUCCAGUCACUUGUCGUCCGCCAUCGUUCAGAAGAUUUACAUCGGGAAUUGCCCCUCCCAAGCCUUUACAACGAAGUUGUUUAUCUUGAACCAACUUGUUACGACAAAGCCUCGUUGAACUUGUUCAUCCUGCGGAUUGUGAUCAACGCAAUAACCUCUGAGAGGACUGGCGAUGACUACCUGUUCCAUCCCAAAAACAGAAAGCAUCUCAGCCAGUUGAUGAACAACCUGAGACUAGCGGGAUUUUGGUGGCCUGGGGCCGAGACCGAAGAGGUCCGAAAUGUUACUCUUCGAGUAGCUAAAGACUAUCUGCAGAAGAAUAUAGACCGGAUGGCAGGCGAGGAAUUGAAUUUACUGUAUCAAGCGAUAUCCAUUGGAGAGAAAAUCUUGGGCUUCACCACUCGGAAUGUUCUAUGUGAAAAGGAAGAAGUUGGGAUCUUGGUAGAUGGCUUCCCUGAAUGUGCCCAGGAGUUUUGGGAAAUAGGUGAGAGAACAAGGCACCAGGAACCAAUGCUUCUUGGCCUCUCCCUUGCUAGAGAGGCACAGAAAUUUGUUGUCUCGAAGCUCUGUUCCUUGGAUCCUGGAGAAGGACUCGCUGGAGCCGGCAUCACAGCUAUGCGGCAGAGAUACCAAAAGCCUGCGCAAGUCGAAAAACCUUCCCCUAAACAAAAGCCUGAGGAAGUGACAAAUACCCCCCAUCGACCGAAGCCUGAGAAGAUUAGUGACAAAAAGAGCUCAGCGAAAAAGAGUCUGCCAUCUGACUCCAAUUUAAAGAAAACAAAGGUCAUCGGGACUGUGUCGGCUAAGCUGAGUUACCUUCUAGAGAAGGUCCUCCAGUUUCAAGAUACAGAAAAAAUCAUAAUCUUCUACGAGAGCGAAAAUACCGCGUUUUGGAUUGCCGAGGGCCUUGAGUUGGUGGGUACCGAUUUUCGCAUUUAUGCACAUACUCUGAAGGCCAGCCAAAAAUCGGAGUAUUUGUCCACAUUUAAUGAGGGCGAAUCAGUUCGUGUCCUCCUUAUGGACCUUCGACAAGCCUCUCAUGGACUUCACAUAGCGAGUGCUUCAAGGGUCUUCAUUGUCAACCCCAUAUGGGACCCCAAUAUUGAGAGCCAGGCGAUCAAGCGAGCCCAUCGGAUAUCCCAGACUCGGCCGGUGUACGUAGAAACUUUGGUGUUGAAGGAUACAUUGGAAGACAAAAUGCUGAGGCGCAGAAAGGCCAUGACAAGCGUAGAGAUGCAACAUGCAGAGAAAGACAUGCUGAACGACGGGACAAUGAGCUCCAUCAUUCAGAAGGAAGGCUUUCUUCCCCUUCCCGACAACUUCGCAUCCCCUAAUCCUGCGCUGUUAAGCAGGCCCUUUGGAUUUUUUGAUAGGCACACGCUCCCUAUCCCUGAGGACUACGUUGAUCCCACCAAGCCUGCACAAGACCAUCAGCCAGAUCUUGUCGCCUCAGAUAUUAAUUCUAACUCGCUGGUUUCUGAUGACAAGCGGAGAUUGGCUAAUUUUCUUGAAUUCGACUCGCCUGCAGCUCCCCAGGGAAGAAAAUCACCAAAACGACGCAAGGAAUCUCACAUUGAAGAGGUUGUCAACGAAAAUGGCAUAGUUUUUAUAUCCCCCAGAAGCCGGACACCUCGCAAGCAGCGACAAGGGCCUUCUAGCGCCUCCUUUAGUCCCAGCAGUUCCAGCACAUGAGGCAGCCUGACUAGUGAGUUGUGCAUAGUGUGAUGUUAGGACGAUUUCCGACGGACUGAGUGAACGAUCCGGUCAAAUUCAUUCUCGAGUUGUAAGAGAUAAUUCCGCAUAGCUCAUUAUAAUCAAGGUAUUCUAGAUAUCAACUUCUUUUAUAGAUUGGUACUUUACUCUCCCUAAGUACCUUUUCUUAAGGACAUACCCGCCCAACUUCUCUCUCAUAGCUACUCUCUACUCUUACUAAGGCUGCUCCUCUUUGGUAUCAAGUAGUAGAAGAGGCA